GGGGCCAAUUUCCACACGUUCUAGAGAGAACGCUGGAGGGGAGGGGCGGAGCGAACUGAGGAGGAUUGUACGAUCCGGCGGUUGGGAGUCAAGCUCGCGCGCCUCGCUCUGCAGGUGGAAUGUGGAACGGGAAUGAGCGCCCCCUACUCAUGAGGGAAAGGAGAAGUGGGACACGAUAAGUCAUAAGCGGGGAAGGGGGGUGUUACAUGAAAGAGGAAGGUGAUGCCCUAUAAAAAGUUAUGAGCGCCUUGGCAAUUCCCCCCUCCCUUUAUUUUGAUGAGCUCCCCCUCCUUGUAUAUAAAGAAGAAGAGUCCGCGGGGAGCCGUUAAUCCCGAGCCAGGCGCAUAGGGAGACUGAAUCAUGCCUUUAGUCAAACGGAAUAUUGAACCUCGGCAUCUUUGCCGAGGAGCUCUGCCUGAAGGAAUUACUAGUGAAUUAGAAUGUGUAACUAAUGGUACUCUUGCUGCUAUUAUACGCCAGCUAAGUAGCCUAAGCAAGCAUGCUGAAGACAUAUUUGGAGAGCUCUUUAAUGAGGCCAACAACUUUUACAUCAGAGCAAAUUCUCUUCAAGACAGAAUUGAUCGACUUGCUGUCAAAGUUACCCAGCUGGAUUCAACAGUGGAAGAAGUUUCAUUACAGGAUAUCAACAUGAAAAAAGCAUUCAAAAGUUCUACAAUACAGGAUCAGCAGGUGGUUUCAAAGAACAGCAUUCCCAAUCCGAUUGCUGAUAUUUAUAAUCGGAGUGACAAACCACCUCCAUUGAAUAUUCUUACAUCAUAUAGAGAUGAUAAAAAAGAUGGCCUGAAGUUCUAUACUGACCCUUCCUAUUUCUUUGACCUCUGGAAAGAAAAAAUGUUGCAAGAUACAGAAGAUAAAAGGAAAGAGAAGAGACGGCAAAAGGAGCAAAAGCGUAUAGAUGGCACAACCCGUGAGGUGAAAAAGGUUAGAAAAGCAAGGAACAGGCGCCAGGAAUGGAAUAUGAUGGCAUAUGACAAAGAGCUUAGACCAGACAACAGGUUAUCUCAAAGUCUAUACCAUGGAGCAUCAUCGGAGGGAUCUUUGUCCCCUGAUACUAGAUCGCAUGCAUCCGACAUUACCAGCUACUCAUAUCCUGCCACUCCAAAUCAUUCCAUCCAUCAGCAGCCAAUGAUGCCUUCAUAUGGAACAGGAGAUGGCCUUGAACAUGAAUAUAGGCCACCGUCUACGACAAUGAGACAUGCUACUUUGAACAGACCUCAGCAACCACCUCCGCCCCCACCCCAAGCCUUAGAUGGAUCUCUUGGCACUGUAGCACUGGUACCAGCAGACUAUGGGAUGCUUGCAGCUCAGAUGGUGGAUUAUUACAAUCCUUCAGGACCCCCGCCGCCUCCCCCUCCACCCAUGAUUCCUUCUGCACAGACCGCUUUUGUUAGUCCUCUCCAAAUCCCUGUGCUACCUUCCCAUCCUGGACUAGUGACUGGAUCUAUGUAUUCUGCUCUUCAUCCUCCUUCUACUGGGCUUGUUGUUACAGCUCCCCCUCCUCCAGGCCCGCCUCCUCCCCCUCCAGGCCCUCCUGCUGCAGGAUCCUCUCUCUCCUCUCCGAUGCAUGCUCCUGCAGUGGCUGAGGCAAAACGACAUGAGCAUUCACAAUCACCCAUCAAUGACGCUCGAAGUGAUCUUCUGGCCGCUAUUCGAAUGGGCAUCCAGUUGAAAAAAGUUCAAGAACAGCGGGAACAAGAAGCCAAGCGUGAACCAGUUGGAAAUGAUGUAGCCACAAUUCUGUCUAGACGCAUUGCUGUGGAAUACAGUGAUUCAGAUGAUGAAUCAGAAUGUGAUGAGAACGACUGGUCAGACUGAGAUGAGAACAUAGCAUCAAAGGAUGCUAUGAAUUUCUUUAGGAAAUCAUUCAUUUUGUGUAUGAGCAGAAAUCUGUGUGGUGCAAUUAAACUAGAUUGAUGGUGAUCAGAAUGCAGUCAUUUAGCAAAUAUUGGAUCUGCUUAUACAGAUCCAAGGAUACUAUUUUCAGUAUCUGUUCCAGAAUAUUGCAGUGUCACUGAAUGUAGCAAAUUGUAUUCAGACUCAAGAGAAGGCACUAACUGGAAUUUCUUGACCAUGAAUCUCUGUAAUUGCUUAUAAGAUUUGCAUAUUAUAAAUCAUAUUUUCGAUCUAAUACAAUUGUUAGAGCUGGGAGCCUAAUUGUAGAAAAUGGGAGAUGGCAUAUUAUUAAUUAUGCAAGUUUGGCCCUUCUUCACUUAAGUUGACAAAAUGGUAACAGCUCAAAGUAUUUUUCUUAUUUUUUAAAUAUGUACGCUGUCCUACCUGUAUGGGGUAGGUAAAUUUUAGGCGAUUUUUUACAUCAUAGAUAUACUUUUAAAUAUUCAGGGUUGGAGUCAUACAAAUGAUGUAUGUAUGAAGGGACUGGGCGACUUAUAGAAAAGCUGGAUUUUCUCCUUCUUUCCUUAGAUAUAUACAGUUUUUCAUUACUUUUCAAAAAUCUUAGGUUACAAGGCUGGUUACAAUGGAAAUUGUAAUUAAGUUCGUUAUAUUCUUAGGAAUUGUUGAAUUAAAAAGACGAGGUAAAUUGAACCCCAUGUUUGGUCCAUUCCUGUUUUUUGAAUGACUAGAAAAAUUAAAUUCUGAUCCUGGCAUCUAAAUACAUAAUCAAUAUGAAAGGAUGAUUAUCAGGUCACUUGGACAAUUUUUUUACCCCUGUUAUACAGUUUACAGAGCCGCAUCUAUUAUAUGUUAAUAGACGCAUACUGCCUUUAGUCAGCUUGAGGGUACACUUGUGUCAUCUUUAUUCUUGGGUGCCCUCAUGUUGUAAGCAACAGUUAAACUGCUGAGCUGCUGAAUUUACUGACCGAAAGGUCGGCGGUUCGAAUCCAGGGAGUGGGGUGAGCUCCUGUUGUUAGCCCCAGCUUCUGCCGACCUAGCAUUUCAAAAACAUGCAAAUGUAAGUAGAUCAAUAAGUACCACUCCGGCGAGAAGGUAAUGGUGCUCCAUGCAGUCAUGGCGGCCAUAUCACCUUGGAGGCAUCUACGGACAACACCGGCUUUUUGGCUUAGAAAUGGAGAUGAGCACCAGCAUCCAGAGUCGGACACGACUAGACUUAAUGUCAGGGGAAACCUUUACCUUUACCCCUAUGUUCUAUUAAGUUCAGCUUUGACUGGUGGCAACUCUACAAAUGAGGGUCUUCCAAGAGGCCCAGUUAUUGCUCAGGACUUGCAAGCUCAGGGUUGUGGCUUCCUUGAUGGAAUCCAUCUACCAGUAAUGUGGUCUUCCUCUUUUCCUUCUGCCUUCAAUUUUACUUACAAUUAUAUUUUCCAGGAAGUCUUAUCAUCUCAUGAUAUGUCUAAGUACAAGAGUGGACUUGUUUCUUUGUCUUUUGCUGAAUCCGUGGUAUCUUGUAGAACUCUCCUCCAGCAAAUUUUAAACGACUGCUAUCUGUCUGCUGUCUUCACUCUCCAUACCUAGAAAUCAUAAUUUCUACAUCAUGGAUCUUGUUUUUGGUUCAAUUAUAUAUCUGUACAAUUUAGUUCAUACUUUAAUUCAGUUCGAUUACUCUAAAGUUAUGCAUAAGUUAUAGUUAUAUUGAAAUCUGUUUCAGCAUUGUGUUUUCAGAGUGUUGUUAAUACCUGAUUAUGAUUCAGUGAAACAGAAGUUUGGAAGACGUUGGUGCUGGCCCUAUUUUGGGGGGGUGCUGCUGAAUACAAUGCCACUAUUCUUUCCUCUCAUUUGUCCUUCUUAAUCCUUUGGCCUCAUAAUCGCUCACUACCUACUUGUUUGGAAAGGACAGCAAUGUGUGGGAGUAACAAAGUCAUGGAACUUUCAGUUUCAUUUUAACCUCCUACUUGAGUAUGGCCCUUGAUAGUACUGAGUGAUUCUGUUGAUUGAAAGCUGCUGUUGCAUUCACAAUACAUUAGGUAUAUAUAGGCAUAUGGAAGAUCAGUUCUAAAUUUGUCAUGUAAGGAAAAAUUAAAAAUUCAUAAUCUGAUACGAUUCAGUACUUUUGUUAUUGAAAAAGCAUUGGAUUUUCCCUACAUUCUCUUUGAAUGUAGAUUUCUUCUAUUCUUUCACCCAAUCAAAUGAAAGGAUUUUAAACUUUUCUUUUUUUGUGCAAGAAAUGCUGGGAUUUAUCUUAAAUCUGACUUCAACAAUUGUGCAGUAGGUAUUGUUAAAUACGGCUUUAAUCAAGAUAGAUGUCACGUUUUGUUCAAAGUCUACCCCAAGGUAUUUUACUCUUCCAAGUGAGCUUUUCUCUCGCCUUGUCCCGUUCCCCUGCACUGACUAAAAUACUAUCUCUAUAAAUCAUUUUGACAUAACAGUUCUAAAAUAGCUCUAAAUAUAGAUUAACUAUAGAUUAAAUAUAGUUCUAAAUAUAGAUUAACAUGUGAAAUGUAAUUUCCUUUUUCUGUGCAAGAGGCAGUCGGGAAAAGUGAGCCGGAACAUCUCUUUAUAUUUCUUAUUUUAAGAUCUGAACAGAAUGAUGUUUAUUAAUUAUUACAUGAUUUUUGACAGCUGGUAACAGGAAGGCCCAAAAAUAUUUUUUUUCCAUAACAUGAUUUCAAUAACAGGUUUUAAUCUUGGCAUAAAUGAAAUAAGAUAAAAUUAUGUUAGAGUAUAGGUAUAUUUUUUUCACUAUCAAUGAAAUUUGGAAAACUACUGCACAUCCCAUUUUUAGCCCCAUGCCAAGACCCUAGAUUGAAAUGUCCUCAAACAACUAAUCACUGCUUCUGGAAUGGUAGCUUGCCUUUUAUAUGUGUUUUUUUUUAAAAAAAAUAAUCUUCUCUUGGGACAGGACUUUAGAAUCGGCCUGACCUCCAAAUUCCAGAAAUGGUCUGGAAAUACAGUAGUAAGAUUUUCAUACCAAUUUUUAGCUGAAAACGUAAUGCAGAAUUUCUUAGAUGCACAGGGGUGAAAUUUGUACCUGCCUGUGCUGUAAGUGCCCAUCCUAGGCUUAGAAGAAAGGCAUCUAGAGAUACUUGAACAGUAAAGGGCCUGUGUAUGUCAUGUUGUUUUAGCUUUCAUUUUUAUUCAGUCCAUAAGACAUGGAUAGAGCCCCCAGUGGUGCAAUGUGUUAAAUCCUUGUGCCGGCAGGACUGCUGACCAAAAGGUCAGCGGUUUGAAUCCGGGGAGCAGGGUGAGCUGUCUGUCAGCUCCAAAUUCCCAUGCGGGGUCAUGAGAGAAGCCUCCCACAGGAUGGUAAAACAUCAAACAUCCAGGAGUCCACUGGGCAGCAUCCUUGCAGAUGGCCAGUUCUCUCCCACCAGAAGAAACUUGCAGUUUCUCAAGUUACUCCUGACACGCACAAAAAUCAGACACGCAUUACAGUUACAAUAGUAAAAGUUACUCAACGUAUUUUAGAAGGAAGCAUUUUUUAAUUUAAAAUGCAAAGUAGUGAAGUUUUUGGCUGUGUUUUUAUGAUCUUCCUCAUAACAUAAUACUUUAUAUUUAAUUGUUGCAGUCUGGUGUCUGCCUUUUCCACAUUUGAAAUACAUUAAUAAUUUGUGCAAAGAUUGGAAAAGGACAAAUGGGAAAAAAAGGCUAACGCAUAUUCAUGCACUUCUGUUCUUCUCACACACUGAUGGAGAACUAUUCAUUCUGCAUAAACCAAUUCAUGCAAAUCAGACAAAAUAUGCUACAAGCAGUAAUAAUAAUAAUAAUAAUAAUAAUAAUAAUUUUAUUUUUGUACCCCGCCACCAUCUCCCCAGAGGGACUCGGGGCGGCUUACAGAUAGAAAACCAGCAUACAGUAUAUGGUUUUACAAAAACACACAAGUAAAUUUAAAAGGCAGUAAAAGAACAGGCUUGGAGCAGAGAGCUCCAGAUGAUUCAAGCAAAAAAUAAAUAAAUCUAAAGAUAACAUUAAAUUAUCAUAUUCAAUUUGAAAAGAAAUUUCACAUGUUUAGAUGUCAUAGUAAUAUACUCCACUGGUAUGAGUCCAGAAUCAGUUUUGUGCUACGAUGAAGCAAUGUUGAAUAAGUGUGUUCAUGGUAAGAAGCAUUAGGACAAAUUUCCUUAAUUUUUCCAGUCCCCCCAACCUUCAGUAUUAACAUAUACUCUGUGGUGGUAGUGCGGAAGUUAGCAGAGAGACUUCAGAAAAUUAUAUUUUGAUUCCUGGUCACAUGUUUCUGAGCACACAUGCAUCCCAACUUUCAUCUGUGAAAUAUCAGACAGGACAGUAUCCUGGCCUGCAAAAGUUUAUGACACACGUAAGAGAUUAACAUGGUUAUUGUCCUGGAACAAGCGGUUUAAGUAACUGCUUAAGCAAGUGACUACCCACUGAACACACUUAAAAUGAAACUUGUUUGGUUCAUUAAGAUAAAUUUUCUGAGCCUGCAACACUACCUUUCCCUUCUUAUUUGUACUGCUCAGAGAAGUGAGAAAUGGCACUUCUGCCCACUGGGCUCAGACUCGGAAGAUAGCUUCUCAUUCUCCCUAUGCAAGGCACUGUGGAACUGGUAGUGGACAAGGCACAGAAGUGAGUUUGUAAUGUAGGCAUCUUAUAACUCAAGAGCCCAUUGACUCUUCCAUACCCAAAUGGGCCUUGUGCUAGGAAGUGCAAUCAUGAUUUGUCACAUGUUUAUGCAAGUUCUUAAGCUAAGAACCGUUGUCUGAAGCUCAUGAAGCUGGGAUCGGUUUUUUUCCUGUUUUGCCUAACAAAUUCCUAAACUAGCACAAUGUUUCUUUAACAAGCUGACCAAAUAAAAAAUUACCACCUUGUGCACUUUCUAUAUUAAAUAUAAUGGACAACAUUAACAGCUAGUAUUCCUUUGUCUCAGUGACUUUCUUUCAAAUAUCAAGCUUGCUAUUUUGAGUAGCACCAACAUAGAUAAAGCAUGAGCUCUAAAUGUAUAUGAAGAUCCUGAGUUCACUCAACACUUUUCUAGCUCAGGAAUCAAGAUUUUGCCUUAAAAUACUGGGAUAAGCUACACUUGGCCUUGGAAAUGGAGGCGAAAGAAGUUACAUGGAUAUACUUACGGCACAGAAAAUGUGAACCUCCAUUAUUGAGUUUCAUCCAAAAUCUCUAGAACUGCUAAUUCUACUACAUUCAGAAUUCUCAAGGAAGCAGAAGGUGGCCAUCAAGUGAAUUCAGGUAACCUGAUCUCUUUUGUGGGCAAUAUCCUGGACCCUGCAUAUAAUUUAGGUUUUCCUGUGGGGAAUUCUGCUUCCUAUAGUUCCACUUGAGAUAAUAAUUGUGUUAGUAUUUGCCUAUGUAUUACAAUAUGGUGGUAGUGCUGGUCAGAAGAGUGUUCUACAUAUUCCUUUGCUAGAACAAAUGUAGUGUGACAAGACUGUAUUUCCUCUAUUGAUAUCAGAGUAUGGCACUGGUUUCUCAAAGUUUUCUUUUGAUGUGUUAUUGAUACACUCUGAUAUUACACUUUCUACCACUAUGAAAGAUUCUAAAAUAUUUUAGGAGCACAGAAAAAGAUCAACUCACAGAAUAUUUGUAUUUUUAAUUAAACCACUAAAUGAGUGAUAUGUAGUUAAGGUUUACAACUUAGGUGGACAAUUUAUUUCUAUAUUUGAAGUAUUUUCUCACCUCUUUUCAGUAUUUUACAGAUAAAAAUGUAAAUCAAAAUUAGUGAACUAAGUUUACACAUUAGGUAAUUUACCUUCUUUAUAUAUCUUUUUCUGGUUAUGUAAAAGUUACAGUUUCAAAUAAAGCUUAUGUUUGAAAUGA